AUAUCGAUUGGUUUAAAAAGAACAAAAGUUUAAAUAAACUCUUUAAUUGUUGCUUCACGGACCAGGAUUCGGACCGAACCAUGCAACGAUCUCGCGCCAGCAGCACCAGCAGCGGCCGGCAGCCGGCAACGGCGACAACGCCGGCACAGCAGCGCCAGGUGCAGCCUUUGGAGGCGCCCAAGAUCAUCGUGAUCCAUCCGGGAUCACAGCAUUUACGCAUUGGCCGGGCGGCAGACCUAAAUCCUCUGACCCUGCUCCAUGCGGUGGCUUACCGGCGGCGACAGAAGGAAGGCGACUGGCCGCACCAUGAUCCCCUGCUGCCGCCGUUGGACAACAUCAAUCCCGCCCGGCUGCAGAUGGAGUUUGAGGAGCAGCGCCUGGCCGUGUCGCGCAUCCUGCAGCACUGCGUCGUGGACGAGAAGAACCGGCUGCGCGUGGCCACGCCUCCGCAGCAGCUGGCCCACUUCAAUAGGAGCAGUAUGGCUGAGAAGGUGCCGCCGCCGCAGCCCGAGGAGCAGCCGUGGCUGGACCGCGAGGCGCUGGCCCUGUUCGAUGACCAAAUCCUGCGGCUAAGCGCCUUCGAGGCUCGCGACUACGACAUCCACUUUCCCAUACAGAGGGGCGAGCUGAAUGUGCACAAGGAGAAGGGUGGAUCACUGCAGGCCAAUCUGCAGCAUAUGGAGCGCAUCUGGGCCUACGCCUUGGAGACCCGCCUGAAGAUACCGUUGCGCGACCUGGGCACCCACUGUGCCGUCCUCGUGGUCAACGAUGUCUAUGUGCGGCGGCAUCUGCGCGAGUUCAUGACCCUGCUGCUGCAGCGACUGGGCUUCCGGUGCUGCUUCCUCGUCCAGGACAGCGUGGCCUCCACCUAUGGCGCCGGCAUUGGCUACGGCUGUGUGGUGGAUAUCGGUGCCCAGAAGACCUCCAUUGCCUGCAUCGAGGAUGGGAUUUCGCAGAUGGAUGCCAGGGUGAGGCUAAACUACGGCGGCGGUGAUCUCAACCAGGUGCUGCUUAUGCUGCUGCGCAAGUGCGGCUUUCCCUACCGCGAAUGCAAUGUCCAGGACAGCUAUGUGGAUGCCCAUCUGCUGGACGAGCUGAAGGAGAAGUUUUGCCAUUUAAAUGCCAGUGUUUGUGGCGCCCAGGAGAAGCACUUUAAUUUGCGCAAGCAGAAUGGUCAGUGGCUAAGGUACACACUUCAAGUGGGUGACGAGGCCAUCAUGGCCCCUUUGGCCCUCUUCCACACCGAACUGCUGAACAUUACGGGCCGCACGAGAGCCGUGUGCACGCAGCAGGCGCCCCAAGAGCAGUACGACUGCGAGGACUGCUUCGAUGCCGAGUAUCUGAAGGAGACGGGCAGAAAGAACGGUGUCCGGGCGGGCGACACUAGUUUGCCGCUAGCUCUGGCUCCCAAUUCCUCUGUGCCGCGGCCUCCCCAGCUGCCCGUGACCGCCGACGAUGAAGAGCUAAUAGUUGUGGACCAAGAAGAAGGCAACUGCAACUCCCAGUCGCAGCCUCAGCAGCAGCAGCAACAGUCGUCGGCAGGCCAGAACAGGGACUGCUAUCACAACAAUCUGGGUCAGGUAUUGCCCCUGGAUCAGGCCAUUAUCCAAGCCAUCAACCGGCUGCCCAACUUUGAAACCAAACGCAAGAUGUUCAACUCCAUUCUGCUGGUGGGCAGCAGCGCCAAGUUGCCCGGACUGCCGGCCUGGCUGGAGCAUCGGAUUAGCCAGCAGAUGCUGCCCAGCGGCAUUGAGGUGAAUGUCUUUAUCAAGGGCAUGGACGCCGGCAUGGUGGCGUGGAAGGGAGCGGCCAUUAUGUCCGUGCUGGAGAGCGCCCGGGAGCUGUGGAUAUCGCAGCACGACUGGCAAAAAUAUGGACUGCGAAUACUCAGGGAGAGAUCGCCCUUUUUGUGGUGAGCAAGACACUCCCUCUCCUCCUCCUGCCAGCUAGGAUUUUCGAAUAAUUUUAGGGAAUUUGUAAAUUAGGCUGAAGAAGCGUAGAAAUCCAUAAAACUCCAAGUAUUUAUGUUUUUUUAAGGCACUUGUAUUUAAUCUUAGAAGCUUAUAUUUAUAUUUAAGGCAUUUAUAUUUAGAAUCCAGCGAUAAGCUUGAAAUAAAGGUAAAAAAAAUAACGAAAACAAAGAAAA